AUGGAUCUUAAGCAACUGAAAAAAUUGGACCUUUCCUCGAUACAAAGAGUCUCAACCCCUUAUGACUUGACACCUCUCAGCUUCAGCACGCCCUAUGACUUUCCUCGUCAUUUCUUACCAAAGGUUAUGAAAGAUGACAGUAAAAUACCCUUGGUCUUGGUUGCUUGUGGCUCAUUCUCUCCCAUCACCUAUCUUCAUUUAAGAAUGUUCGAGAUGGCCCAAGAUCACUUCAAAGAGAGGAAUGAAUUCGAGUUACUCACAGGUUAUUAUUCACCUGUAUCGGACUAUUACAUGAAAGAAGGCUUGGCCAAAGCGCAAGAUCGCGUCAAGAUGUGUCAGUUAGCAGUUGAAACAACCUCAGAUUGGUUAAUGGUCGACUCAUGGGAAGCGCGUCAAGAACAAUAUCAAAGAACAGCUGUCGUGCUUGACCAUUUUGAUCAUGAGUUAAAUACGGUAGGUGGUGGUAUCGCAACAUCAACAGGUGAAAGAAAGAAGAUUAGAAUUAUGUUAUUGGCAGGUGGUGAUUUGAUUGCCUCAUUUGGUCAUCCUGGCGUAUGGGCGCCAAAUGAUUUGCAUCAUAUUGUAGGUCAUUACGGAUGCGUUAUCAUAGAACGAACGGGUACGGAUGUGUAUGGAUUUUUAUUAUCACACGACAUUCUCUAUCAGCACAGGAUGAAUGUUACUGUUAUCAAGCAAUUGAUUCACAAUGAUAUCAGCUCAACAAAAAUCAGAUUGUUUGUGAAAAGAGGAAUGUCAAUCAAGUACUUACUACCAAACCCAGUAAUCGAUUAUAUUCAUCAAUAUGGUUUAUAUUUACCGCAAACAAUGCCACCACAACCGCCUUCUACAUCGAUAGCCACAGCAAAAACAAAAGCAGCUUCGACACAGUCGAAUGAAAAAGAGGGAGACCUUUCAAAGCAAGGUCCGCAACCCAUCAUUAGAGAUUAG